GCCCCCGGGCGCGCGCUGCAGCGAGGCGGCGUCUCCCGCGCGCAGAGCAGGAGGCCGGCGGCAGCGGCGGCGGACGGGGAGCAGAUCCAGAACCCAGCUCUCGGCACCAUGAACCCCGCCCUCAGCAUCGCUCUCCUGCUGACAGGCUUGCAGGUGGCCGGCGGACAGAAGGUGACCAGCCUGACGGCCUGCCUGGAGGACCAGAGCCUGCGCCUGGACUGCCGCCAUGAGAACUCCACGAGCCUGCCCAUACAGUUCCAGUUCAGCCUCACCCGCGACUCCAAGAAGCACGUGCUGUUAGGCACGUUGGGGGUCCCCGAGCACACGUACCGCUCCCGCACCAACCUCACCAACAGGAACACCCUCAAGGUCCUCUACCUGUCCGGCUUCAGCUCCCGGGACGAGGGGCUGUACACCUGCGAGCUGCACCUCCCCGGCCAGCUCCACGUCUCCCAGAAGAACAUCUCUGUGCUGAGAGACAAGCUGGUCAAGUGCAGGGGCGUCAGCCUGCUGGCCCAGGACACCUCGUGGCUGCUGCUGCUGCUGCUCUCCCUGCCUCUCCUGCAGGCCCUGGAUUUCAUCUCCCUGUGACCUGUGACCUGUGACCAGAUGGGCCACAGAGGACACAGGAAACCACAGGCCCCGUCCAGACAGCUUCCUCCUCCCGGUCAGCUGACCCCUCCCCCAGUCCCUUAGACACCGGGGGAGAUGGGGACCCCACCCUCACAAGGAGUCCUGUGCUGCAUGCCAUCAUCUACCCACUCCCCAAGCCCGCCCCCAAACGCCUCCCACCCUCCUCACACCACUGGCUUCUCGUCCUUGCUCCAGAGCUGCUGCUGCUGCUGUAGUUUAUUCAGGGUUUUCCUUCCUUUUCUUGGGGAGUUUGUGAAAAGGAAAGCCAGGCUGGGGCCUGAUGGACAGUGAGGACAGGGGCGGGGCUGUGGGGCGGAAGGGUACCUGUGGGGUGGGGGGAGUCAGCCUGUCCUGGGGAACAGACGUGGGAGGGAGGUGUGCUUGGGUGCAGAGCCCCCUCAGCAGCCCCGCCCAGACGUGAGGGCCGCUGGCGCCUGUGGUCUGUAUGUGAGGAGAGAGCCGGGGGCGUCCUCCCCGCAGCCUGAAGCUGGCCUCUUCCCACAGACAAGCUGGUCCAGUGGAGGCCUCGGUCCAGUGGAGGCCUCGGUCCAGUGGAGGCAGUGCUAACGAGGGCGGGAGGGGGUGAAGGGAGGGCCCCUCCUCUCUCCCUCCAUCGGGAUGCUGAGAAGGGGCCUGCCGCCUCUCGCUGCCUCCCUAGCAGCUGAGCGGUGUCUGUCCCAGCCCCUAAGAACCCCGGACGCUGACCUGGAGGCGGUGAGGGGCCAGGGAGCCCAGAGCCACGGGUUUGGCCCCAAUGUUUGUCCAGGAGGCAGAGGCGUUUCCUUCCCUCCCAGCCCCAGCUGGCGCCUGAGCCUCACCCCCUGCCCCACAGCCUGCUUCCGGGGGGGUCUGGGGCAAGCCCUGAGGAAUGGAUUUCCCCGACACCCAGCCCCCGGCCUGCCUGGCAGCUCUGCCUCGCCCUGUGACAUGCAUUGUGCCCCCGCUUACGGCAUCUCAUUGAGGAAGAAGAAAACUGCACAAUAAACCAACCUCUGGAA